GGAUGGGGACUCCAGCACCUCCCUGGGCAGCCCCUGCCAAAGCCUGAGCACCCUUUCCAUGGAGAAAUUCCUGCUGCUGUCCAACCUGAGCCUCCCCCGGCCCAGCCUGAGGCUCUGACCUGUUUUGCCACAAACUGAGCUCACGUGGCAUCCACGGUUUGAGAGGAGGUUUUUGGACAAGGGACCAACCUUUGGGACCUGGCUCAGGAGAAUAAAAACGGCUGACAAAAGGUCUCUCGGAUACUCUUCCUCAAAAAUGCUGGAAGAAACGUCCCAAGCAAGGUGCAGACAGGAAGGUGCCAGGAAUUCCCACAGGGAGGGGGCUCUCCCGGCUGUCCCGGGCUCUGAGCAGGCGGGAGCAGCCUGGUCCCCUGCCAGCCCUGCCCAGGUGUUUGGGAUCAGGCUGUGGGAGGACUGCACAGACAGGAUGUUCCUGCCUUUGGGGAAGCAGAGGGAAUCUCUGUGGGGCGCAGUCCCACGGGAGAACUGCCACAGGGGUCUGUAGGUACUUCUAACAUAUCUCAUUGUUGUUCCUUGCCAAAAAUACCAGGGUCUGUAUCAAACCAUCAUUCCCAAAGUCCUUCUGGUUCAGCAGGUUAAAAUCUCCCAUAAAAAGUAAGAUCUGAAGAGUCAGCAGGGGUGAAAAUCCUUUGUGGGAGCCCACAGGCAACAUCCUUCUCUGGUCAUCUGUGCUGCUACUUCUUCUCCUAGAAGAAACUUUGAAAGAUAAACAAAACCCUUGGAGAAUCCUUUUUAGGCCACCGGUGCUCUUUGGAAGGAGUUUUUUUGGAAAGGCAUUGGCUUUACAGCUGCAGUAACAUUUCAGUUCCCUGCUCCUGCUCCAGCAGAGAGCUCCAGGUGUUGGAGCAGCUCUCUGGAAUGUACUCUCCCCACGGCCCAGCAGAGCAGUGACGGUCUGUGGAGAGCCCUGGGGUGCCAAACCCUGUUGGCCCUGCAUUCCCUCUUCCAUCAGCUGCCUGGAAACCCCUUCCCGGAAUCUAUUAGAUCAAAAUCACAAACUUUCCUCUUCAAAAAACUCCCUGUAUCAUUCAAAUUAAAACUGCACCUUACUGGAAGUCGCUGGAACUGCUGGAGAAUAUUAAGAUCAAAUCCUUUUUCAUGCAAGCUUAUGGGAUGAACCCUGGCAUGAAGCUGCAGUGACAGUCAGCGCUCCGCUUUGAAGUUCACAGCCAACUGUUUUUGUGUGUGAGGCAGCUGGUGGCACUAGGAGGGAAUCAAAUCGGCUCCCCGUGAAGCACCGAGGUUGUGAAGGCGCUCUGGGGAAAUGCAGGGAAAUAUUUGGGUGGAGGUGCGAGUUCCGGCGGUGCCCACGCCCCGGCUGCCAGCAGGGAGCUCGCUCUUGCUCAGCAGCAGCGCCCACAGGAGCAGGAUUGCAGCGGCGUCCCUUUGCAGCUGAGGGGGGGCUCCUCAUUUCCCCUUUCCAGCCUGGAAUAACCCGUGUCACCCGCCCUGGUGUGGCAUCCCCUCUCCUCCGCCGUGCUCGCCCUCAGACUGAUACUUCUUCGUUAGGUUGUGUCUUCAACCUUUCUAUUAUGAAGGCUGAUCCCUCCUCCUCUGGAUUAAUUGCAGUUUUUGUCAGUUUUGCUGGGCAGACAGAGGAGAAAAUAGGGUCUGCCUGGGUGUUUGUACUGGGAGAAGAGGCCCAUAAACCCCUCAGCGCUGCCUGACAGGGAUUCAAACACCGCCAGACCUUGUUUGGACACGGUUUCAGACCUUCUGCCCGCUGUCAUUUCUCAUCUCUCCGCUGUCCCGCUGACGCGGAGGACAAGGACAGCCCGGCCCGAGCAGGAUCCAUGUUCCUGCAGGCGCCUGGCGGUGCUGUGUGCCUGGGAAGCGUGAACAGACAGACGGACAGAGCCCCGCAAUCUCAGGGCAGCACUAACUCACCUUGUUGGGGUUUGGAACAGCUGAGCACGACACCCUCCUCCUCCUCCCCCUCAGUGGGACUCUGGUUUUCCCCUCUUUCUCCUUUGUUCUGCUCUUCCCUUGGAAAGUUUAACACCCUCUUCCCUUUGUGCCAAGCCUUAUCUAUUUCUCGCCUCCCCUCACUGCCACUUUUUCUCUGCUUGCCUUGGAAAUUCCUGCAUUUCUGAUUUUUCUCAAGUGGGCUUGAGGUCUCGCUGUGUUUCCGGUACAUGGACAGGGCAUUUCUGUGUGUCUGCGUUUCCCAGAAACACUUUGGUUUUCCCUACUCCUAAUGGGAAAUUUCGCAGACAGAAAAUCCUUAAAUGCAAGGAGGCCGGAGGCUGGUACCAGCUAAACAGAGGAAGAUUAAGAUCAAGUACAAAACCACGGUGUAACAAGGUAUAGCUCUCACAGGUCUUGAGGCACCCAUGCUUCCCGUUGCACUUCCUUCCAUCUUAGGCAAGUUGCUGACUUCUGCAGAGGAAAACAAUUUGUUACGUGGCUUAUACCCCAUCCUGAGGAGCUGAAUGUGCAGUCCUUUAGGCACAUGGAUAUCUCUGGAAUCCUGCUCAUUCCCACAGCUCGGUGUGCAGCAAGAGGAGUCUAGAGCUAUGUAUGUGUGGAGAGGCAGCAGACUCAUGGCUUACAGCAUUUUCCAGCAUUGCACAGAGCACAAGAACUGUGCUGGUUGCUUGCCACAGGACUCUGUGGGACAAGAGCAUUGAUGUGGGGAAUAAGCAGUAUUGCUUUCAGAGAUGAAACCGAGGGGGUCUGCCCUGUCCCCCUUCACUCGGCACGUUGGGCACUCGCGCACAUUCCAUGGAAGUGGAGCCUUUCCAGGUGCACCUGGUGCCCUCUGGGCCGUGUAAGUGGAUGCCCACCCUGCAGGGCAGAGGAGGAAAUACUCGUUCGGCUCAGGUGGGUGAAGUUCCUCUAGAAAAGCUGAUACCUCUGGACUGCCCCCUUGCUCUUUUGGUGAAUAAAAGCGCCACAAUUGUUCCUGAGAGCUGUUCCUGCAAUAAAACCUCCAGAGGUGGCUGUUCUGCGGUGUCCCUAGAAGUAUAUCCCAGCCCUUAGUAGUCAUUUUCACUAGAGAGGGUUUUCAGGCAGCUGGAACUAAAUCUCCUGGCUGCAGAGCAAGGCUGCUCUGCGAUUCCUUUCCCACAGUCGGCAGCUUUCCUUUAGCUCUGAAAGCUUUUCCUUCCUUCAGGACUGAUCCCACCUGGCUUCUUGAGCCCCCCUUGCUCAGCUUCAUCACCUCCAAUUCCUUCCUCUCUGUCACCCUCCUCACACUCCUCCCCACACUCAUUUACCCCCUCUGGCUGGUUUUGGCUGCUUCUCCUCUCCCUUUCCAGGUUUGUUGCCCUGAACUGUGCAGAGUCCCAGAGAAGAUGCAGAGCACGGGGAGCACACUGCCUGCAGGUGGCCACAGCUCAGGUUCCUCAGUGUCCAGGGGACAGGAUCCAUCAGACGUGGAGCACCGGCAGGACUCCGGCCGUUCUCUCAGGCUGGGGAUUUCGGGUGUGCUGGAGGAGGUGGCAGAAGAUAAAUGUCAGUUCUUUGCAAUUCCAGCGUCAGUCAGGGGUCGCCCCGGAGCUGGAGUUGGAGCAGGCUGGAGAUGCGGCAGUCAAUCAAGAUACCACAGGAAGCAGUGGAGCCAUUAAAGCGGAGUGUGAUUUCGUUGAGCAGCCCUCUACGGAGCCGAAAACAAAGUGGUUAACGCAGCAGAUUCCUGGUUGUAGACGUGAAGCUCAGUUGCCCAGAUCCCCCGGGAGCAUUUUCCAUGUGGAAAUGUAACAUUAAACUGAAUAAUUUGCAUGAUCUGGCACUUCCUUCCUUCCUUCCUUCCGUCCUUCCAAGGAGUAACUGGACUGUGGGUGGUUUGGGUGGACAAUUCCCUUUCCAUGGGUUCAGCUUUGGCUUUGAAUGUGCUGUGUAGGCACCUAAGGCUGUAAUUAAAUUAAUACCAUCAAAGGCAAUGUCUGAUAUUUCCAAACACACAGAGUCCACAAACACACAACCCCAGACCAUGCCUUUCUUUGAGAGCGCUUCUGGGGCCUUUAUUGCCUUUAGUGGGCCACUUUUUUUUUAAAUUUCUGGUUUUUAACUGGUUCAAAGGGCUGGAGUAAGCAGCAGCACUCCCAACUUCACCACCACCCAUGAGCUGUCGUCACGCAGCACUGUCUCAGGGCAGGAGAUGGAGGCAGCCAAAGCCCUACCACAGCAGCUAUUCCUGGGCUGCCCGAGGCGGAUCAGCCUCUGGAAUGUGUGUUUGUCCAGGCUUGCAGGGAUCUGUGGGAGGGACUCUGGGUUCGUGUGCUGUACUCCCUGUACACACAUCAGACAAGUGCCCCCAGCCCCGCAGUGUCACCGGGUAAGAGUGCUGCUGUGGGACACAGUGACAACACUCUCCUCCUCGUUCACCCACAGAGGAUCAUCUCCUAACUGUGCCUUUAUUCCUGAUUCAAAAGCAGGAGCUGUGAAGCUCAGCCACUUCUUUGCUUUGCCUCCCUCGUGAAUUUUGGAGCUGGUAGAGCGAAGCUUUGAUGUUGAUUGGAAUACUUGACUUUCCUGUACCUGUCUAAUACCAUGAUUAGACUUUUGUAUUUGAUCAAAAUGAGAAAUCUACAUUAAAGGGCUACACCAAGCACCUCCUGGCUUGAUUUAAAGGAAAAUAAUAAUCAGAUGUUUUCCCAGGGCUGCAGCACUUAGAAAAUAAGCCCCACUCCAAGACUCAAGUUAAGCUUUUGUUGUAAGAACAACUGUAAUGACCCACUUUAAACAAGAUUUUAGCAGACGGAAGUUCAGGCUUUCUGUACUGAAUUGCAACAGAGCUGCAGUCUCGCAGUUAAGAAUUGUUAGCCCUGCAAUUAGGCACCUUUAAUCGAAUCCCUGCCACUUGCUUAAUUCUAGCAGCACUUCAGCCACCCUGUGAGAAGCAGUGAAAUCAGCCCUGCCACACCUCUCCCAGGCUGCCAUUGGCUGCAAACCUGUCAGGCUUGAUGGGCUGCAGUCAGAGGGGAUUUCAAAGCAAAUAAAUAGCAGGGCCUUGGAGCAAUCAGGAAUGAUUUCCACCUGUUUGAACUCCUGACUGGAGCAAGCCUCUGCUGAGAAACCCAACCUUGGAGCAAGCCUCUCCCGAGAAACCCAACCUGCUGCAUGAGGAAACGGCCAGAGACGAUACUCCUUCUCAUGGUGUCCACGAUUUCUGUGAGUAAGUGACUUUGGCAGCCCCUGGGCCAGCAGCUGGAGCAGGUUUGGGAGCAGGUUUGGGAGCAGCAUGGCUUGCUGCGUGCUCCAGAUCACCGGGCUGAUUUUCGGCGGUGUGGGCAUGGUGGGCACCCUGGCAGCCAUGGCCAUGCCCCAGUGGAGGGUCUCUGCCUACGUGGAUGGCAACAUCGUGGUGUUUGAGACCAUCUGGGAGGGGCUGUGGAUGGACUGCAUCAGCCAGCUGGGCAUCAGGCUGCAGUGCAAGUUCUACGACUCGGUGCUGGCGCUGCCCCCGCCGCUGGAGGCCUUCCGGGCCCUCAUGUGCGUCGCCGUGGGGCUGUCCAUCGUCUCCUUCCUGAUGGCCAUUGUCGGGGUCAAGUACACUCAGCGCGGCAAGGAGGGUCCCCAGGGCAUCAGCAUCUUCAUCCUGGCAGCUGGUGUUGCCUUCCUCCUCACGGGCAGCCUGGUCCUCAUCCCGGUGUCCUGGACUGGGGGCAGCAUCAUUCGGGACUUCUACGACCCCGACGUGCCCGUGCCGCUGAAGCGGGAGCUGGGAGCCGCCCUGUACGUGGGCUGGGGCAGCAGUGCCCUGCUGCUGGCCGCAGGAGCCAUGUACUGUCACUUCUGGUGCUGGGCUGACACGGCCACGAGGCCCAGGUACCCCUCGCUGGCCCGGGCCCGGCUGGCCAGGGCAGGAGGGCCGGCCCUGGGUGUCCAUGCCUACGUGUAGGGGCUGCCUGUGGCCACGGAGCCAGGGAGUGCUCUGGGCUGCACAGGACCUUAGGGAUCAUCUCGUUCCAGCCCCUGCCAUGGGCUCGGACACCUUCCACUGUCCCAGGCUGCUCCAAGCCCUGCCCAAGCUGGCCUUGGACACUGCCAGCGAUGGGACAUCCUGUGAUCUUCCUACUUGACAUGUGCUGAUUGACUCCUUAAUUUACUUUCAGGCCUGUAAUGGAGGAGUAAUUUUGUUCCCUUGCUGUUUACUGUUGAUGGGGAUAUCUGCUCUCUAACAGCCUGGCAGGAACUGUUCUUACACGGGUGUUUGGUUAGAGCACAGUCCCCAUUUAUUUGGGAAUGAGGAAAGGCGUGGGGACAGCGGCAGUCAGGAGGCUCUCCGGGAAGAUGAACAGCCUGUGCUGGGCUGGAGGGAAGGAGCUGCUGUGCAAUAUCCCACAGCCCUUCCCAGACCCCCGAGGUGCAAAGGGAGCAGGGCAUUUCCCUCUGGAGUGGAGUGACUGCAAGGAGUGCUCUGGGGGAAGCGUGGGGCUGGCAGCACGGCUCAGUGAACGGAGAAGCCUGCAGCAAUCCUGCUGCCAGUCCUGCACAGGGAUGUUCGUGCUACCCCAGCAGAGGCCUCUGGGAUUGUCCUUGGCAUUCUCUGGUGCUUGUGGAGCUGGUGCAUCCUCCUCAUCUCCUCUGCAGGGCCCAGAACAGUCAGAUUUUUAACCACUUCCCCAAAAUGUGCCGUGAGAGUAUUGGCUUCCUGCUGUUUGCCACCCCUCAUCUUCCAUGGCUUCUCCUGCUCUGCAGGCAGCACCUACUCCUCUGCAAAGCCCUAGCCUUGCUCUGGCUGUUUUGUGCUUGCCAGGCUGAUUUGGGAAUGCAGCUGGAGCAGCCUGAUCCUGUCUGUCCAUCCUGCAGGAUCCAAGAGUGUUUGCAGCUGGGCAUUUUAUUAUUCCCAGCUGAAAACCUUGGAAUCUGCAUUUGACGGUGUCUGUGGUGUUGAUAAGUGCCCAAAGCAGGUCCAGCUCAGAAGGGUUUUUCUGGUUCUUUACCCAGCAGGGAUGGAUGGCAGCAUUUAAGGGGUCAUUUCGUGGCCCAGGGCUCAGCCUGAGCCUUUCUGUGCCUGUGGCUGGUGCUGUGGCAAGGCUGUAAUGGCUGCUGGGGCUGAGGAGAGCAAUGUCUCUGUGUGCUCAUUUGACUGUUCAGUCUGAAAGGGAGCAUGGAAAGGUGCCUGUAAUUAAAGAAGCCUUUUAUUAACUUGGCUUCAGAUGAACUUAGAUGAGACAGUGCAGUGCUCCACAGAAAUUCAUUACAUGUAUUCACUCAUGAGCAUCUGCAUUGAGGACAGCCAGCUCAGAUCUUGCAGUGGGAAUUUUCUAGGCACCACAAAACAGGUGUGAUGUGUCCAGCUUAUCACUUGAGCAGUCGAAUCAGCACUUACUAAUUCUAGAUGAAAAUUGAAGAAAACAGUCAUAAAUAGGUUUUCUAGCACUAAGCCAUAUAUUUUUUCUGUUGUCUUAUGAAGUUUGUCACUGACAGCUGAUUUCAGUGGAGCCAUUCUGGUGUCUUUGGUAAUAAUUUCCUCUACCCUGAGGACCUCCACCUCCUAUUUUAUUGUAUUUUGAUCCUAUAAUGCAUAUUUUGUUUAAUAUGGAACUAUUUGGUGAGUAAGCCAGAAUUGCAGGUUUUGGAGUAAUUUAGACAUGACAUUUGUGAUUAACAAAGCAGAGGAUGAAGACAUUUGCAAUGCAAAUUUGAUACAUAUUUAUGUGUAGGUAAUGGAUUUAAAUGAUGAUGGAUUCAGUGUAAUGCAACUUCAUGCAGAUGUAAGUGCUUAAGAAGUAAUUAAGUACAGUUUUCUAUAACAUUAAUUAGAGGCUCC